UCGAAAGGAUCAGUUAAAUAGUUUAAUAAAACAUUUCCAGCUGAAAGGGGCUUAAUUUCACCGUCCUAACUUUUGAUAGCAACGGUGACCGAACGAACACCGACAGAACACCGUACUAUCAUGUUAUCUUAUCGCGUUCGACUUCGAUAUCGACGAAUGCGCCCCAUUAUCAAAAAAGGGGAAUGUGAUUUUUGUUACCAGUACUACACUCGUUACGGUUUAGAGCAGAUGGGUUAGCGUCCCGAUUAGAAGAAAUGUGCAUUUUACAUUGAAUGACAAUUUAGCAGUUUUUUUAUUGCGGAAAUGGAGGCCAAACUGUUGAUAAUUUUAGUAUUAUUUGUUUGCAUGACAGAGUUAAUUAGCGGUCAAAGUUUAUCAAAAUGUUUCUUUCAAAAAACAUGCGUCGAAUGUUUGGACGCGGAUUAUUCAUGUGCAUGGUGCACGGAUGAGAGCUACGGCAUGUACAAAUCUCGUUGCAUGACCGUUCCGGAGCUGAGAGCAUCUAAUUGCAGCGAAAAUCGUAUCGAAACCAAUAAAAACUUUAGCCAGCUGACAGUGAUCGAGAGUGGUCCCCUUCGAGAUUAUGACCGCGUAAAGCUAGAGGCGACACAAAUCAGUCCCCAACGGGUGAAAAUAAGGCUUGGCAAAUUGGAACCACAUUCCUUUAAGUUCACGUACAAACCUGCCAAAAACUAUCCGCUUGAUUUAUACUACUUGAUGGAUCUUACCUGGUCUAUGAAGGACGACAGAGACACGCUGAUCAACAUGGGCGACCAGCUGGCGAAGGCACUGGCUAAUCUGACGGAAAACUAUCGACUCGGUUUCGGCAGUUUCAUCGAUAAACCGAUCAUGCCUUUCAUCCAGACCGAGGCACAUCGGCUGGAGAAUCCGUGCAGCUCGGAGAAGCAAGUUUGUGAACCUACGUACGGUUUUCGGCACCGGUUGCAAAUUACGAAAAAUGUCGAUAGUUUUAUCGACAAACUCAGGGCGAGUAAUGUUUCGGCGAAUCUGGACAAUCUGGAAGGUGGUUUGGAUGCACUCAUGCAAGUGUUAGUAUGCGAUGAUCGAAUCGGCUGGGGCAUCAACACCAGAAAGAUAGUCAUUUUGGCUACGAAUGGUUUCAUGCAUAUGGCCGGAGACGGUCUGCUGGCAGGGAUUACCGAAAGAAACGAUAAACAAUGCUAUCUGUCCGAUGAGGGAGAAUACACCGGCAGUUUAACCUACGAUUAUCCUUCGUUAGAGGAAGUUUACAGAGUGCUGGGAAAAUCGAAGACUGCCGUAAUAUUCGCCGUGCCUGAUGAACUACAGGAUUAUUAUAGUUCGAUGAGGGAUCUUAUGGUGGAAUUCGCCAGUGUAGGUUUACUGCAGGAUGAUUCGUCGAAUAUCUUGCAGCUAGUCGAUACCGGUUAUCGGGAUUUUGUGAAAAGAGUGGAGUUCACUGAUAACGCUCCCAGUUAUAUUCAAAUCUCGUUCUCAACGGACUGCGGAGGAAUCUACACGAAACCGCAACCGAUUAAUAAAUGUGACAAUAUAGAAAUAGGAAAGGAGUAUGAAUUCAACGUGGAAGUGCGAUUGCUGGAGUAUCCAUCAGAGCAAGUGACGAAUCUUACUGUAAAAAUAGAAGAAACUUUGAUUAGCAACGAAGGUAUUCUUUUGGACAUAGAGAUUCGACAGCAUUGCCAGUGCGAACUCACUCAUGAGCCCAUCAGUGGAAGCGAGUUCUGCAGAGGUCACGGAGACUUUUCCUGCGGGAUGUGCUUUUGCGAUGCGGGUUGGAUUGGGCGGACAUGUGAAUGUAACCUGUUGAGUUUUGACACGAGCGCCGAUUUGCUGAAUGAAUGCCGAGCAGAGGGGGAGUUUGAUGAGCUGGGUUUAAUUUGUUCGGACCGAGGAGAAUGCAUCUGCGGGCAGUGUCUCUGUAAUCCUGGUUUCGAAGGACCACACUGCGAGUGUUCUGAAUGUACUCCGCUUUCAGGUGUAAUUUGCAGUCAACACGGUGAUUGUGAUUGCGGCGCUUGUAAGUGCCAUGAAGGCUGGUCUGGUGAUGAGUGUGAUUGCUCCACGGAUAAAGAAUCAUGCAAAGCACCUCACAAGCAAGAGCUUUGUUCCGGCCGGGGAGAGUGUCUUUGUGGUCAAUGUAGAUGUAGUGAAUCAUACUUUGGAGCAUAUUGUGAAGUUGCGGCCGGUUUUGAGUCUGAACUUUGCUCGUAUUACGACGAUUGUGUUCGGUGUGCAAUACACAAAAAAUUGGACGAAAGGUGUGACAACCUGGAAGCUGAUUGUAAGACAAAGCUGGGAUUGUACAGCGCAGAGUUUUUCGAAACAUUAGAUGAUACCCUCAACUGUACGGCUCGGAUAACCCAUAAGAAUAUCACCUGUGACUACAAAUAUACGUACGAAUUUCAGAAUCAGUAUACAUUGCUAAAAAUUCUUGACCGAGACUGUGAACCCAUAAAUAUUACGGCAUCUUUAACGUACAUAUUUAUUGCCACAAUAGUUAUUGGACUUGCCAUAGUGUGUGCUAUUAGGUUUAAGUUUUGGAUUCAGGAUCGUCGCCUAUAUCAGGAAUUCGAAAAAGAACAGAAGGAACGAACUUCUUACCAAAUGCAGAGCCCGCUGUACAGGUCUCCGAUUUCGAGUUUCACGGUACCCGAAGAAAUGGCUGACAGUGAGCUGAAAUGAUGAGGAAUAGCGCCUUGGGCUAGGCAACUGUCGCGCCCGGUUCAUGCACUUUAGUGCUAAGGAGUAGGAUUUUGAUAUUCCGAUUACCAUGGAUUCGCUAUCGAAUGUUUCUAAUAAAAUAAAAUACAAAUAAAAAUUAUGUGUUUGUCUCUAUGUUUAUUUGUUUACAAUACUCUUCACAAUAUACUGAUGAAUACUGAAUGUUUAACUUAUGAUAAUAAACAGAUAAGCAUAGGCAUCUCAGUAACGAUAAG